AUGGCUCCGACGAACAAUCAGCUGUACAAAACCCGUCAAUUGACGGGUGCCAAAGCACCCAAGGCCAAGGUCGCCCGUUACCUCAAAUCGACCGAAGCGGUCCUACGCGAGCCCGGAAAGAACGCUCUUCUACUGCAGGGGAUUUCUUGUUCCCAAACCAUGACCCAAGUUCUGAAAGAACUGCGGGCCGUCCAGGCGCCACGCGCCAAACUACUGACCAAAAAGAACCAAAUUGUGCCCUUUUCCACGUCCGGACAACAAAGUUUGGAAUUUUUAACCACCAAAAAUGAUUGCGCUCUACUUGCAUUGGCGUCGCACAACAAAAAGCGCCCCAACAAUCUGAUUUUGGGACGCACCUUUGAUCGGACUAUACUGGAUCUGUGUGAACUCGGCGUCCUGCGAUUCAAGUCCAUGCACGAUUACGGCGGCAGUGUGCCCAAAAAACGAAUCGGCAGCAAACCAUUGUUACUCUUUGUGGGGGACGGCUGGGAACAAAGCAGUAAUCUGGAUGCAAGAAAUUUACGGAACCUGCUUGUGGAUUUCUACCGUGGUGAUGUUGUUGACAAGCUUACCUUGAGCGGCAUCGACCAUGCGAUCGUUUUUACCUGGGCCGACGUAGCUAGUAGCAAUGGAAUCGCUAGUCGGUCACUGAUUCACCAACGCACAUACUUUGUCAAAUUGAAGAAGAAUGUGAACAGCAGCAUUAAUAGUUCUGCGCCGUUGCCGCAGUUGAUUCCGUCUGGCCCGGAUCUGGAUUUGGUGGUGCGACGAUCGCAGUGGGCCGAAUCGGACCUAUACCAGGCCGCACGCAAACAGCCGUCUUCGGCCAAGCCUAAAAAGACCAAGAAUCAUUCUACCAACAUGUUUGGGGAAACCAUUGGUCGCCUGCAUGUAACCAAGCAAGAUGUGGACGGACGACAAGGACGCAAGGUCAAGGCCCUGCGACGGGCAGAAAAAAUCGCGAACGUUGAAGAAAAAGCCGCAAUCGAAGCCGAGCUGGAGCAGGAAAAAUCGGAAAUGUCAACGGAAUUCAAAGCGACCUUUGGCUUUGCCGAAAAUCAGUAG